ACCAUUGUGAUCAGUCUCCGUAUUCAGUUUAUUUAUAUUUACGUGAAUGGUUUAUUCAAAUUAAACUGAAGCUGAACUUGUGAACAUAAAUUAGAAGAAAAUAAUUAGAAGUUACUCAUUUUUUGAAUUCCAUUGAGUUAAAUUCGUUAGUACUGUCGAGGGGAUAAGAUCAUGUCGUUUAAGUUCUCUGAUCAAAGGUUGGAAUAUGAUGGCUCUGCAAACAGCGAGGUGAUUUUUACGCCAGAUAAAAAGGCGUACACAGAGGACAACAUAUUGAUUUACAAUAUUUUCGUAUACAACAUUCCAAGAAGGAUGAAGGACGCCGAUAUAACUUGUUAUUUUUCUAAGUUUGGCGUGAUUUCAGAAGUACGACUGGUGGAUGAUAAAAAGAGAUCUCGUCGUUCUUCGCCGACAGUAGGAUUUGUGAACUUUGUCGAACCAGAAAGUGCUUACAGAGUAUUGCAGAAAUUUAAUCAUCGUAUACGAGGUUCACGUAUUGGCGUUAAAGCUGGCAAUAGUUGGAAUCAGCCUGAUGCCGAAAAGGCAUGUAGCCAAGUGGUACUUGGAACCCAACAAAAGAAAGUUGAGGCUUCGAACUUUGAUACGAAAUUUACUAGUCUGAAUAUGCUAUCGUUAAAUGAUGAUUGCUUAGAUAUUAUUUGUGGCCUAUUAGUGCUACGAGAUCAAAUACGUUUUGCGCGAGUAUGUAAUCGUUUUCAAGAAAUAUUCAGAAUGUUAUCCAGGCGCGCAUAUAAAAGGUUUGAGUUUUGUAAACUCUUAGGGAUGACAUUAUGGGAGAUACGCGACUUCUUUCGUUUUGCCGGCGAAAAUAUUGAGGAAGUGACGGGCGAUGUACCAUAUAAGAAUCGUGAACGCAUCAUUACAUUUAUUAGAACGUGCUGCGUCAACUUAAAACGAAUCACAUUAUUCGAUAGUAAAAUGGAGACCGAUUGUUUGAAGAAAUUAUUUCGCAGCUUCCCUCUAUUACGGGAGUUACAUUUGCAUAGUUGCGGUAUAGAUGACCUCUCAAUACAAUCUCUCCAAUAUUUGACUCAAUUAGAGAGUCUGACACUCUCCGAGAACUAUGAGCUAACAGGCAAAUUUAUGAACUCGUUAGUACAGCUGAAGUAUCUAAAUUUGUAUGGUUGUAGAAAUAUUCAAACUUCCAAUUUGGUUGAGAUUUGCUGUUCCAUGCCGAACUUAAAAUCGCUUGAUAUACGUCGUUGUGAACGGCUAUCGCCAAUCUUUUUCGACACCAUGGCAGAACAUUGUCAGCAACUCGAAACAUUGAAAAUGUCUUGCCCAGAUUUUCCAUACGAGCAUGUAACAUUAUUACCUCGACUGAAACACAUUGAAUUGUUACUGCACACAUCUUUUUCGGUAUCACAUACACAGAUUUUUUUGAAAUUGAUCGAAAAUAAGUCACAGCAAUUAGAAAGCUUAAAAAUCUAUGGCAAAAAUUCAAUCAAUCCGCAAGAAAUAAGUUUCAUAUCAAAAUUGGAAAAACUGAAAUCAUUAUAUUGCCCAAAUAAUCCAGCAAUCGACGAUAACGCACUUCGAAAACUGUGCCAAUUAGAGCAACUUGAAGAGCUGGUUAUCAAAAACAGUGGCGAUAUAACAAAUGAAGCUCUGAUAAAACUGUUGCAAAGUUGCAAGCGUCUGCGUCAUUUAAAUAUACAAUUUUGCAAAAAAAUUACUUGUGAAUUCGUUUUAGAAGCCAUAAAUAUAUUAAAAGACCGUAAAGACAGAUCUCAUCUUCCAUUCGUCCUUUUUGUAUAUGGAACAUCUAUAGAUAAAUAUGGAAUGUCCGAGUGUCAGAAAUACAUGGAGGCUGAGAAAGGGUCACUUAUCAAAAUAGUUUUCGAAAUAUUAACUUUUGAUAUAGGAAUUCCUGACAAAGAUAUUUACGACUUGUGGGAUAGCGAUGAUUGGUACGAUGAGGAAGGUGAUAUUCUUACCGAUGAGGAUGAUGAUUUCUACUUCCCAGACUCGGAUAUGGAAGAUUAUGAUCGCUUUUUCAAUGAAAUAGUUUAAGUUAAUUUCAUUUUAAACAAUUAUAAAACAAAAUUAUAAUAUAUAAGGAGUAGCGAUAAUACUUAAAAUAGUACGCUAUUAAGAAAACAAUUUAAUUUUUAUCGUAAGUCGACUUAAGCUAUAUGGCAUACACCCGCAGAAAUUUAUUUAUGAACAAAUUUAAAUGCCGUUUUCAUUUAUAACCUACAGAUAACUGGUGAGUGACGUCGAUGUUGAGCAGGCACCGAUGGAGCAGCUUAAUCAAUUUGUUCUUUACAUACUGUGUAUGUGGGACGAUAAAUAUAUAUUUAUAAUUUGUAUUAAGUCUUCGAA